CGAUAACCAAUCCGAUAUCCAAAAAGCAAAUGACACGUGAUAGCGAGGCUUGGAACGCAAACUCCCCCUUUCCUUUGGCACAGGUUGUAGAAUAUGGCCGCGUCCGUGCUAUGUGCUGGCACUGUGAGCAGGUAUGGUCAAGUUUCGCUUUUAGAGUAAUUUGCAACUCCUUACAUAUUAACUUAUUUAGCUUCGUAAAAAAAUGGUUUAUUAAUUUCCCUGGAAUUAUGCAAUAAAGUGUACAGAGCACAAACUAGUUACCAAAGCAUGACCAUGCAGACUGAAUGAUACAUUAUAUAUCGCCUUCUAAUUAAUGUAAUUAACCGGUAGGACUGGGUUUAAAAUGUUUAGGGUUUUUGUUAUUUCAACAACAGUUACACUAUGCCAGUAUUAAUUCAAUGCAAACUAUUCAUCCAUGUAGAUAUUUUCCAGGACCCCUUUUGCUUUUAGCAUGUUUAUGGGCAGUACCCUGCAGGAUCCUUCUUUGAAUGAAUGUUCUGAUUCCCUGACUGCAGCACAGGAAUUACACAUACUCCUGCACACACAGCACGUAUUUUGUGGUGUCCAUUAAUAAGGAGGCUAAAGUUGGCUUCUAAAUCAGCCACCUUCCUAUUUUGUAAAGUUGGUUGCUUAUUCAGACUUUUAUUUGGCAAGUGAUUCUAAUCUUAACAAUAAAUCCUAUAAACAAUAUUUGUUUUUGUUGAAUAAAAAUACACUUUACAAAGUGUAACUUACUAUAACAAUAAAUUAUGUAUUUAGUUAAUAUUCUUAAAGAAAAAACACAUUAAGAAAAGUAAAUACAAAAAAUAUAUAUACUUGUAUAGAUAUAAUGUACCACUAUUAUAAAUUAUAUAUUAAUUGCCUAGGUGGAUGUGAUGACUUAAAGGUAACCUGUCAUACCAACAAAUGCUGAGUUGGAGUAUUUUAUUAAAUCUGCAAGUUUUGCCCAAAAUUAGCAUUUUUAUAUUUAGUGGCUGUUUUUAUUUUUUUGUUUUUUUUCUUCCCACUUUCUUGAUCAAACACCAACAAUCUGUUCAUUUAUACACAGGGUGAGUUCUGUCCUCCAGAGAGAUGUCAAGCAAUUUGGCAAGCAGUUUCUGUUUGACAAUAAAGAGGAGACCUGCUGGAACUCAGACCAGGUAUGGAGCUACAUAUAUUAUUGCUUUACAAGGCAUGUCAGAAAUGCACAUACACAGGGAAAUUGAGAAUGUAGGAUGGUGUGCAUGCAAGGUAGAUUGAAUAGGUAACACUUCCAGUCAGUCUUUCUAUGUGACUACCUUGCUUAAAGGGACACUAUAGUCACCAGAACAACUACAGCUUAUUGGAUUUGUUCUGGUGAGUAGAAUAAUUACCUUCAGGCUUUUUGCUGUAAACACUGUCUUUUCAGAGAAAAUGCAGUGUUUAUAUUACAGCCUAGUGAUAACUUCACUGGCCAAUCCUCAGAUGGCUGUUAGAGAUCCUUCCUGGGUCAUGGCUGCCUAAAAUGCAUCCAAACAUUCAGUGUCUCCUCCCUCAGCAUGCAGACACUGAACUUUCCUCAUAGAGAUUCAUUGAUUCAAUUCAUCUCUAUGAGGAGAUGCUGAUUGGCCAGGGCUGUGUUUGAAUUGUGCUGGCUCUGCCCCUGAUCUCCCCCCUUGUCACUCUCAGCCAAUCCUAUGGGGAAGCAUUGUGAUUGGAUCAGGCCAUGAUGUCAGCAGACAGGUUACUAUUUUGAGUCAAACAGCAUGCAGAGCUACAGCGCCAGGCUUGAAUACAAGUAAGAUUUUGCUAUAUUUAGGGAGCAUGAGGGGCCAAGGGGGGCUAGAUGGUGGUUUUAACACUAUAGGGUCAGGAAUACAUAUGUGUUCCUGACCCUAUAAUGAUCCUUUAAAUUAAAUACACUCCAGACUUCUAAAGCGAUUCAGCUUGCUGAAAUGCUUUGUUUAAUUUUACAAAAAGUGCAGAUUUCAUAGAAAUUGGCACUUUUAUAUGUUCAUCUUGUUACAUCCACAAGACAACAGAUCCUGUUACUUUCUGGUUGCUUAGCUCAGUGGAUCUAAACUCAUGAAGCACCAUUUGUCCUCAGUACCUGCCUAGCAAUGACUUCUCACUAAGCUAUAUUGGAAACUCUGUGAUCGGACAGCAACAGAAAGUCUGGGAUGGGUAAGAAGGGGAGGACUUGCAAAUGCUUUAGACAAGAGAUCUGCGGUUUUUGCAAGCUGUUUUUAGAUAUAACCCCAGUUGAAAGAUUAAAUGUAUGCAUGUUUUAAUAUCUACUAAGAAGUGAUCUUUAUUUAUUUUUGUUGUGGGCAGGGGAGUGUCUCUUAAGUGCAGCAUGUUUAAUAAUACAUUUGUACUGCACUUUCUUAUUGUCUUUGGUGCUUUUAAAAGGGGUCACACGAGAGCCCACUGUGGAACAUGUGCCCCAAAAACCUGACAAAUGUGUUUUUUGAAUAUAGAGAACAUUCCAGGCACUCCAAUGAAUUCCAAACAAGGCAGUUUUUAUUGGAACCAGAGAACAGAAAUUUGUGUUUUGUGACAAGUUUGGAGGUAUAUACCGGGUAGCUAUGACUAUUACUGAUUUGGUAUAAAUUUGUGUGUAUGCAGUGGUGUAUCCUGGUUUUGUGCUGCCCUAGGCAGGACAUACAGGGACGCGCGAGGGAGCUGAGCAGACCGCUCAGAGGAAGUGCUCCCUCGCCAGCUGCCCGCACAGCAGCCAGGGCCACCCAUCAGCCAGCAUGUCUGUUAGCCGCGAGGCUAACAAGACAUUUGCCCUGGGCAUUUGGGGGGGCGGUGUUUUUUGCCGCCCAAGGCAAAUGCCUUGUUUGCCUCGCGGCUAAUACGUCCCUGUGUGUAUGUAUUAUUACCCGGCUGCAUUUACAAGGAUCACUGUUAAUUUUCUGUUGUAUUUUAGUAUGUUUUUAGUUCAAACUGGUGUGGUCCAAAACUAUGCUUUCCUAGCUCAUUGAGCAGGGCCCUCAACCCCUCUGUUCCUGUGUGUCCAACUUGUCUGGUUACAUCUACAUGUUUGUUCGUCCACCCACUGUAAAGUGCUGCGGAAUUUGAUGGCGCUAUAUAAAUAUCAUAAUCAGACCAAUAUUCUAUUCAGUGCAUUUGGACUUGGCUCAUGAUAUAGCUGUUUUGAUUAUUUAUUUAUUUUAUUUUUUUUAAUUUAUUUAUUUUAUUUUUUUAUGAAUUGAGCUGAUUAUAGUAGCACAGAAAGCUGUGAGACAGCAUAAAAAGCAAUUAUGGAUUUUUUUUUUUUUUUAAGUGUUGCAUACAACAAAGUGUGGUACUAUCCUGUUUUAAUACUAUAUUUUAUUGACUGUUUUAUUUGAAGUGGUUGUGAACUCUCACCAAUCGUUAUGCUUUUAAAAUAUAAAAUGAUGUGUAUAUAUAAAAUGUGUUUAUAGUUCUGCUUGUACUGUCCGUCUAGAGAACACUAACCAAGGCUCCUGAUAUCUAACUCUCCGCACCAGUUCAUGUGAGCUCUAAAAAAUAAAAUAAAAAAAAUUAAAAAAAAGUACAUUGUGCUGAAAACAGGAUCCCCCUAAAGUACACACACUUACUCUGCCUAAUGGGUAAUCUGGCACUCUGUACAUAGAUCAACGGCACUGUUAUCCUUCAUCCAGUGUGAUAAUUGUCCUUGUAUAUCUAAUAUCCCCAAUAUGUUUUUCCAGGGAUCAUCUCAGUGGAUCACACUAGAAUUCCCACACAACGUCCUGGUUUCCCAACUUCAUAUCCAAUUUCAGGGAGGCUUUUCAAGUAAAACCUGUAUAUUGGAAGGUGAGUUGCCAAUCAUGUUAGUAACAUAAGCUUCUGCAAGGUAUGAUGUGUACUGUAACCAAAUCCCCAUUGUUUUUGCAUCAGUCCAGUGUUUUUAAAGUGUGUUUUUUUUUUUUGUUUUUUUUAAAGCUCUUAAAUAAUUCUGUAGAUAUUGAAACAAGUGUAAAGUUGAGUGAGUGUGCUACUGUUAGCACCUUUUCUCCAUUGGUUCCAGCAAUUCUGAUGACUUUUUUGUACAUUCAGAUGCUUCAGAGAUAUGACAAAUUCACCACAAUCUUUCAGUUCUGUUAUUCUCUACAAGAAUCAAUUGUAAAAAAUGUAGAUGAAUGGUGAAUGGAAGUUCAUGUAGACUCUUUCUUAAUUUCUUCUUGUCUUCAGUUGAUUUAUAUAUAUAUACGUCUUUUGUAUAUAUAUUCUUGGGCCAAAUGCUCGCCACAAUAAUAUAUGUCUAUAUUAUUGAAAAGUAGUAAUACGCAAUCUAACUUACGGUUUCUUCUGGUUUAUUCUUUGUUACGGAUACAUAAUAAAACAUAAUAAAUAAUGUUACAGGAUAAUGUACAUUCAACAGCAGAUGGUAAUUGCUGGACUUCUGAUGGGAGAGUUACAUCGUUGUACAGAGCCAAGCCAAGAGUGAGACUAGACCUCGUGUCCCUCUGUUACUAUAUAGAUGUGCUAAUACUAACGUCAGCAUAUAACUCUAGCCAUAUAAGGACAAGACCCCCACACCCACAUUCCAGAGCUCUCGGACAAAGAAAGCCUUGUGACUUAUUGAUACCAUCUGUUACUUAUGUCAAUCCACACAUCCAUAUAUAAUCAAUAGAAACAUAGAAUAUGCAAUAUUCUACAUUCCCUCUGUUUAUGGUUUGUUUUAAAACCAUAACACAAUGUAUAUAACCUGUCCAUUCAUACAUCACUUGUAUCACAUUCAUUGAGCAUAGAACAAGAUGUAGUCACAAUUUUCUAUUAUAUGAGAGUUCUUAGAAGGUCGAGUUUCUAUCCCUCAUACUGCUUACUUUACUUCAAAACUCCCUCUGUUUCAGCUAUGUAUUGAUAUCCAUAUCCAUGUUACAUCAUAACUACUUGAACAUAAUAUAUACAUAUAACAAUAAUAAAUGAAUAAAAUAAAAUAUUUACAAAUGUUGAUCCAAUAAACAAUAAAGCAAUCAGAAAGAUCUACCUGCUCAGGUACAGUCAUAUCUUUGUAGAUAACAAAAUUAAGAUGAUAAUUUCUAGAUAAUAACUGUGUAUCACUACCAUAUUCCUACAGACACAUAUAGCAUAGUAUUUUCAUUCUUAAUACCUGAUAUUACUUGAGUACUAAUACAUGUAUUACUAUAAUAUACGUCCAAUUAUAUUUCCAUGAAUCAUAUGGUUUCUAGCAACCUUAAAAUCUUUAGGUCAUUUGUAUUCAUGAAUUACAUUCCUAUACCAUUAAUACCACCUAGUGAUGAUUGUAUCAGUACUUUACAAUCAUAGUAUUUAAUUUGAAUAUUCAGUAGGCUUUCACUACCUGAAAUAUACCAACACUACUUAUAAGUCUCAUUCAAAGGAUGUGUUAUCAACCAUGACGUUCUAUAAUAAUUCUUCAAAUAAUGUUCAUGGUGUUGACAAUACCUAUUGUCUUAGAAAUUCUGCACCCAGAAAUCUUUCUAUCAUAGAUUUGUUUUUGUUUACAUAAUUAUAAUUUUCACUAAAAUUCCACCUUGUAGUAACAAACUUUUCAUUCAAUCGGAGAAUGGUUUACUUUAAAAUAACUUGGAAAGAAUACUUUAAAUUCAUUAGCAUCACUCUCUUCAUUAGACCUUAAUUGUGAUGACUUAUUAAUGUAAUACAUCUUAAACGCAGGAUUGUCCUAAUGUUCUGACCAAUCCAUAUUCCUUAGUACACUUCAACUGACUAAAAUAAAAUAAACAAAAAUAAACUUGGGAUCAUACUGCCCAGAAACUCUUAUUCCUAGUCUGUGUCUUACAAACUCAGGGAAAUCUUAACAACGUAUUCAUUGGACAUCACCAUAUCCAGAAACCUAUUCUCCCUAGUCCAUACCUUUAUAGACUUAGGUCAAAUAUAAUUGUGUACUAUACUCUUUCCAUUCAAUUCAAUUCCUCUUGGAUCUCUGAACUCUUAUAUCCAAGGCCUUCUUAAUGUAUACUAUUACUUAAUAUUAAUCAAUUUAAAUUAUCCUUCCUUAGUUUUCUUCCUUUUAUUACCAUUGUUUGUUUUACUUCAACUAUAUAAACAAAUUACUCAUUCUAGUUAAUCUAUGAAAUACUAUUGAACUCAAUCUUUGUGGUAUUAAGUAACCAUGAUCCUUAUUUUAUCGACUUCAUAUUUUAUCUUCCUCUGAUACUUCUCAUUCUAUGUAUAGGAAAUAAUGUAAUAGUUCUCUUCAUAAUACCAUCCAUUAAUAAUUUUACUCCAUGUGUUAUAUAGUUAUAAGUAGUCUCUCUUGGUAUUAAUACUCAUAACUGUUAAAUAACUUUUCAUUGUCUGUUUUCUUCAUUAAUAUUUAGGAAUAUAUAUGUAUGUUAGUGUCAAUCUUUUAUUUCUUUGUAAGUCUGUUAAUCUUCUGUAUCGAAUGAACUCUGUAGAAUCUUCCAUCACAGUUUGCAGAUCAGAUGAAGUCUCUUUUCAACAGUCGAUGUCCAGUUGUCUGAAGGAAUGCUUUCCUGAUUUAUUGCCACAUGGAUCUGUCACGCUUUACCAGAUCAGUUAUUUCUGUCUAUUUCGUUGCUUCAUCCACACAGCUGCGCAGUUCUUUGCUUGGACGCUUGCCAAUGUCUGCCACGUGCUUGCUUCUAGAUUUCACGUUGUAUCUUGUGCUUUUUGUCUCAGUUGUAGAAAAUAGUCUUGUACAGUCUUUGAUUUGAAAACUUUCUUUUUCUUACAAACCACAGUCUAGAUUCUUUUUUUUUCUCUUCAAGUUUGUUUUCCCAGUUCCAAAAUAGCUUUGUAACUCGCUUCUUCUCUCUCCCCCCUUGAAGUGGGAACAAAACUUGAAUAGAAGACUGGCAGGCUAGCCAAUGUAAAAAAUGUAGAUGAAUGGUGAAUGGAAGUUCAUGUAGACUCUUUCUUAAUUUCUUCUUGUCUUCAGUUGAUUGAUAUAUAUACGUCUUUUGUAUAUAUAUUCUUGGGCCAAAUGCUCGCCACAAUAAUAUAUGUCUAUAUUAUUGAAAAGUAGUAAUACGCAAUCUAACUUACGGUUUCUUCUGGUUUAUUCUUUGUUACGGAUACAUAAUAAAACAUAAUAAAUAAUGUUACAGGAUAAUGUACAUUCAACAGCAGAUGGUAAUUGCUGGACUUCUGAUGGGAGAGUUACAUCGUUGUACAGAGCCAAGCCAAGAGUGAGACUAGACCUCGUGUCCCUCUGUUACUAUAUAGAUGUGCUAAUACUAACGUCAGCAUAUAACUCUAGCCAUAUAAGGACAAGACCCCCACACCCACAUUCCAGAGCUCUCGGACAAAGAAAGCCUUGUGACUUAUUGAUACCAUCUGUUACUUAUGUCAAUCCACACAUCCAUAUAUAAUCAAUAGAAACAUAGAAUAUGCAAUAUUCUACACAAUGAAUGCACACAGAAUUUAGUAGGCAUGGAAAUUGCAUUAUGUUAGUAGGCAUGGAAAUUGCAAUAACCCCUUCCUCACCCUGUUUCUCAGAAAUGGCAGUGUUUAUACUAGCAAAGCUGCAGGUGUAGUCUCUAAGCCCCCAAAUAACUAAAUUACAAUGAAAUGAUUUUGGUGCUUAGAAUGUCCCUUUUAAAGGACCACUAUAGGCACCCAGACCACUUGAGCUUAAGGAAGUGGUCUGGGUGCCAGGUCCACCUAGGAUUAACCCUUUCUGCUGUAAACAUAGCAGUUUCAGAGAAACUGCUAUAUUUACUUUAGGGUUAAUCCAGCCUCUAGUGGCUGUCUCAUUGACAGCCGCUAGAGGCACUUCUGCGCUUCUCACUGUGAUUUUCACAAUGAGAAGACGCCAGCAUCCAUAGGAAAGCAUUGAGAAUGCUUUCCUAUGAGACUGGCUGAAUGCGCAUGCUGCUCUUGCCCUGUAUGCGCAUUCAGCCGAUGACGGGGAAAGGACGAGGAGAGUCUCCAGCACCGAGGGAGCCCGGUGCUGGAGAAAGGUAAUUUUUAACCCUUUCCUCUCAAUCCAGCCUGGCGUGAGUGGGACCCUAAAGGUGUGGGCACCUUCAGGGCACUAUAGUGCCAGGAAAACAAGUGUUUUCCUGGCACUAUAGUGGUCCUUUAAGAGAUUACAGAGUGCAGGUUGGUAAGGUGUUCAACCUAAAGUAAAAAAAAAAAAUAUAUAUAUAUAAUUAUUUUUUUUUUUAAAGAGCAACACGUCAAGAAAAUAGUUCUAUACAAAUUACAAUGUAAGGAAUUGAAACUGUUAUACAUCAUUGUCUAUGUUGGUAGCCAAAUAAAAAAACGCACCAUUGAAAGAUGGAUGUUUGAAGAGUUUAGUAUUAUUGUCACUGGCCUUUAAUAAACCGGCCAACAGAUUCUGCAGUGCUAUGCAAUUGUGGAAAAAUGCAAGUAGAUUUUUGAUAUAUAUACCCUGCCCAUAAGCUGAGAUCUAGCAAUUAAAGCUCUUUUAUUAAUAUGACUGAGCUAGAUAGCCCGUGAACCUUCUAAAAGUUAAUAUGGGGAGUUAAGACGAGGUAGGAGAAAUUUGACGGUGAUGGUCAGAGAGAAUUAACGGAUAUUUACAGCUACUGUUGAGAUGUCAAGUGAAGGAUAAGGUAACUGAGUGAGAGGCAUGUAAAGUAGGUUUGUGCACAAAUGCGUUUCAGGAAUUUUAUUGGUUCGACCCACCUGAAAUGCAUUUAUGCACAAAAUAAGGCUGAAAACAUGGAGUGAAAUUUAAGUUUUGGUUUUUUUUUCCUGUUGGAUGGUUUAGUGACUGGAGGGCCUCUGAAUGUUUUCUGGAUGAGGUGAAAUGCCUUUGAACAGAAGUAAGUAUAAUAUAGCAAGGAUUGGGUUGUUUUGCUAAAUCUUGUGUCUUACUUUUUAUGCAGGGUGCCAGAAAGAUGAAGAAUUCGUGAAAAUAGCUGAUUUCUACCCAGAAGACACCAAUGCCUUGCAGAUAUCCUUUUGUACACUUUGAAAUGUUCACCACUUUUUUUUUUUUUAACCAAAUAACUAAUUUGUAGUGUACCUAUAAUCUUAAUUUUAGUAAUGACGAGGCGAAUAUUUGCAUAACUCUCUUUACUGAAAAUCUCCAGCAGCACAGAACAUAAACAAAUCAGAAAAAAGAGGAUGUUACACAAAAGGCCCUGUAAGCCCACGCCCUUCCUCUUUCUUUCUAGCGACAAUAAAUGGGUAACAAAUACAUAAACCAUGAACAACAAACAUCUGGCAAAGUACUAAAUCAAUGCUGAAUUCCAUAGAUCUAGAAGGGGUAAUAGUCUAAGAAGCUUGCAAUUGUAUCAUUGACUCCAGAAGAGAACCAAUUACACUGAAAGAAAAGGGUGAAAGGCAUCUGAAAUGGCAGAGUGUCCGCAUAUAUUUAACAACUACUUUAUGCAAAGUCUUAUGGACACAUCGACAACAUAACUUUGAGUACACAUCUGAUUACCAUAGAACCUUGACCCCACCCAUAAAUUAUCAUAGUACAGCACAGAAACCCUAGUACAUUCCAUACAGAAAAAAGGGAGGAAAGAGAUAUACAGGAGGGAAAUAUUCGCCUCUUGUCUUUACUAAAAUUAAGAUUAUAGGUACACUAUGUUAGCAUAAUCUACAAUUUUACCACAUGACCGGAGGCUUCAUAUUUGCAUUUUUAACGCUGAUUAUUAAAUGACCACUAUAGGCACCCAGACCACUUCAGCUUAAUGAAGUGGUCUGGGUGCCAGGUCCAUGUAGGAUUAACCCUUUCUGCUGUAAACAUAGCAGUUUCAGAGAAACUGCUAUUAUUACAAAGGGGUUAAUCCAGCCUCUAGUGGCUGUCUCAUUGACAGCCGCUAGAGGCGCUACCGCGCUUCUCACUGUGAUUUGUUUUCACAGUGAGAGGAUGCCAGCAUCCAUAGGAAAGCAUUGAGAAUGCUUUCCUAUGGACUGGCUGAAUGCACUCGUGGCACGCAUGCGCAUUCAGCUGAUGACAGGGAAAGGAGGAGAAGAAUCCCCAGCGCUAAAAAAAACGGUAAGGGAUUAACCCCUUCCUCACCCUAGAGCCUGGCGGGAGGGGGGCCCAGAGAGUGAGGGUGACCCAAGGACCCUAUCAAGCCAGGAAAAAGUGUUUUUCUGGCACUAUAGUGGUCCUUUAAGAAGAGCGAAAGAAGCAUGAGUAACUUGGCAAAAGUAGACUACUCUAAAGGUACUCUCACUUGUCCAAUCUGCGCAACGCAUGAUGUCUGCAAGGGACGCUCCCGCCGAGAAAGCCUGAGAUGCAACCGCCCCUCUGACCUAGUGGGCCCCGAAACAGGAUUAAGCGCCAGCUAGAGAUAAGAGCCAGUGGAUCCAUUUGGACAACGUCGUAGUCUACACCGGACCAUGUGGCUUGACAUACAAGAUUAAAAGUUGACCCGACACCAAAAGGGGAGCAGUGAGGUCUGUAUAACACAUCAAAGCUCUUACCAUGCACAACUGUAGUUCCGUGAGGAAAAACGGAUAAAAAACAGAGGAGGAAUCCGACUUAGUACAACAGGAAACAGCAAAGGAAACUCCUUCAGGAGAGAAAGAGAAACCAUCAACAUUGAAGGCCCUAACGUCUGCGACGAAAAGAGAUGAGGCACGAUAACAGGGUAAGUUUCGUAAAACCGGAAACACAGUACCACUUCUACGUCCCAGAGAUGAGAAUAUGUAGGAGCUGGAGGCCUGGAUAGGUUAGCUCCCCGCAACAAGCGACAUACCAGAGGGUCUUGGCCCACUGGGACGCCUUGUAUGGGAACUUAUGCCGCAGAAAUGGCUGAACGUACUACAUUUUCGCUCUUGGGGGAAAAAAGCUGUGAUAAAUAGUUCAAGAUGAUUGAGAUAGGUUCAGUAAAGGGAAUUGGAAUCCUUUUCCAGACACAAACGACUCCAAGAGGACCAUGCUGAGAUGUAGCAUUUCCUGGUGCCGGGAGCCCAUGAAUUCUAUAAGAGGUCCUUAGCCGCUUGUGAUAGGCCCAGGAUCCCAAGAAAUCGUUCAAGCCACUAGAUCUAGCUUCUGUUCCAUGAUGAGGUUCUCCCCUCGGUCCUGCCAGAAGUAGAGGGAAGGAUGGCAGAAGAAGUGGGUGAUCUCGUGACAUCUCCAGUGAAAGGAGCCAAAGAUCGCUUUGCCAUUCCAGGCUGUUAUGUGCAGCCACCACCAGCAGAGCUCUGUCCUCACGUCUGCUGAAAGUGGUAUCCAGUGGUCGUAGCACCUUCGGGAAUGUAGGAAAUUCGCUUUCAGGCGCUGCAUUGCCCUGUAGUGAAGCAGUACUGGAACUAUCGCCUCAAUUGAUGAUGACAGAAGGCCCACUAUGCGGGCAAGCAUCUGGAGGCGAAUUGUGUCCAUAUGAAGAACCCUCCUGAUCUUUCCAGAUGGAUGUGAUCUUUGAGGCUGGAAGUCGUAGUACACAGUUCACCAAGUCGAUCUUGAAACUGAGGAACUGGACUGUCCGCGAGGGGGAGAGUGCCAGCGUUUGUUUGUUCGCUACGAAACCCAAGGAUUCCAGAAAGUGAACAACAAAUUUUGUCUGCAAUCGUAGCAUGGACGCGGAUUCGCAGAAGAUUAGCAAAUCGUCCAGGGACACGAGACACCGCACUCCUUCGGAUCGAAUGUGAGCCAUCACUAGUUUCAGUAGCUUUGUGAAACACCACAGAGCCGAACUGAGAACGAAGGGCAGACGUGAACUGGCAUGCACGUCCUCUCCACCGGAAACAGAGAAAGCGUCGACAUUCCCGAGCGACUGGCACUGACUGGUACGUGUCGUUCAGGUCCAGUCGGGUGAACCAGUUGUUUUUCGAGGAGGAGGUCCUGAAGGAGGUGAAUCCCUUCCAUUUUGAAAUGUCUGUAAACUAUGUAUUUCUUUAGGUUCCGGAGAUUUAUAACCGGUCGGUAGUCCCCUGUUUUCUUUUUGACUGCAAAUAUAUUGCUGAAGAAACCGUCCCCCAUCUGGUGCGUAUUGAACCACGCCUUUGUCGAACAGGGAGAGGAUCUCUUCGUCCACAAGGAGGUUGUGGUCCUGUGACGUGUAGUAGGAUGGAGGGGGGGAAGGGAGGUACCUGUCAUGGAGGAGUUUGUGUUUUCUAAACUUCCUACCCCAUCAAACCGCAGUGAGCAGGAUCCUGUUAAAAGAAAAGUGGGAGUAGCAGGAUGGUCUGAAAAAUCUUUGGAUCUUACUGGCUCACACAGAAGCUUCAGAUUUCAAUAACUUGAGGAUUCUUUGUAGCCAUAUACAUGUUGAGGUUUGUCCGUUGUAUAACAUGCAGAUGUAUGUAUGUAUUUUAAUGUUGUUUCCUUAACACCUUCCUUUACAAAUUCGGUUUUGCUGAACAGUCUGUACACAAGAUAAGGAUCACAUUCACAAAUGGCACUGAUUUCUUUGGAAGAAUUAUUGUUUACCACCUGGAUGUCCUAGGCUAAAAGUAACACAAUUUCUACCCAGAAGGUAUCUCAUUAAAUGCAGUGUAAUGGCACUAUCCAUGCUGCAGAGGAACAAAAACAAAGCAAACCAAAUGAAAACUGGUUUUGGGUCCAAAAGAAGUGAAGAAUCAACUGGAACGUAAAAUCUUGGUUCAGUAUUUUGUUAAAAACCAUUAUGUGUUAAUAUGCAAGGUGAUUUUAACCAUGUUAAGUAACUUGUUGCUGCAUGUAUCAGCUUCAAUAGAGGAUUGAAGGUACACCAUAGCACAAGGGUUGAGGAGUGACUAUAGGGUGUUUUUUGAAGUAAGAGCUAUAGGAUUUUACAAAUAAUAAUUGCCAUGAUUUAUAAAAAAAUAAUUGUAUGUGUGUGUGUAUAUACAUUUUUUCUACUUCAGACUGGUUUUAACGGUUCGUCUAAGCACCAUAAUCACUACAUGCUGAUAUAAACAGGUGUGGCAGCUGGUUGAUGGCAGGGACACUGCUCUAUUCCUGGAAUACGACUGCCCAUAUAACCCUAUCUACUCAACAUAAUUUUUUAUUAAUUUGCUCAGGUAUACUUUUAUAGUCCUGCUGCCAUGGCUUAAUCAGGAGUAAUGACAAUAUGCUUCUUUAUAAUUUGUCUUACAUAAUAUAAAGAAAUCACUUGUUCCUUUUUGGAUCCAGAAAAAAUUUAAAUAAGCCAGUUAUCUACAAUUGUCUGAUGGUGUAUUCACUGUCAAAGAGGUAUAGAUUCAAUCUAUUUAUUGUGCUUGAGAGAUCUCUAGCAAAUGUCCCUGAGCCAUAUUGGUGGAUCACUAAAUGCAAUUGUCACAACAAUACUAUAAAUAUUUGAUAUUAUUUAUGAUGAUGAUCUUUUUCAUGGUACACUUUUUUCCUUCAAGAUCUCUAUGCGAUGCAAUACACCAUAUGUGAUGUGCAGUAACGUGAACACAGUAUAAUUAUUAGCAAAAUCAUAAUGCAUUACAGCUCUGGAUGAUAAUGACAUAAAAUAAACGCUGUACUGUGUAUUUUGAACAUACCUCUGGUUUAUUCCUUGUAAAUAUAAGGUUGGGAAAUCGAAAAGUGGAGUGACCUUUAAACAGAGGCUUCCCUGCACUUUUUUCCGACAUCACUCUUUCCACCCACGCAUCUGUUUCUGUUAUUUGUUUUAUAUUUUACUUCUUUUGGAAAUCAAAAGCUCAGCUCAUGGGUAUAGCUGAGAGUGGGGUAUGGAGUGGGAGUAGGCUGUAGAUACAGAGUUGGGAAUAUAUCUGUGUCCGCAGUUACAAAUAUUCUACAUUAGCGUUUAAUUAUGUUAUUCCCAUGCAAUGAAUAUGACCGGUUUUGUAGUGUUAGUACUACAAAGGUGGAUGUGGGCCUUUCCAGAGGUUUGUGAAAUAGUACACAGAAGGGAAAAGUCUGUGUGCUAAUUUCAGAGAGAUACUGGAAGCUGAAAUAAUUUGGUCAGGCAUUUUGUCUAACCAAGCAUGGCUCUAGAUGCAGUUCCACCUCCAGAAGUGUGCAAAUAAAGAACAUCUAGGUAGACUGGGCACUCAAAUGGCAGAUGAAAUUUAAUGCUGAAAAAUGCAGUUAUGCACUUCGGCGUAAAGAAUGCACAAGCAACGUAUACCCUUAAUGGAAGCAAAUUAAGGAUAACAACACAUGAAAAAGGACUUGGGAAUUGUUAUAGAAAACAAACUAUGCAACAAUGUCAAUCAGCAGUGGCCAAGGCCAGUAAGGUAUUGUCAUGCAUGAAAAAGGCCAUUCAUUCUCAGGACGAGAAUAUAAUUUUGCCUCUUUAUAAAUCACUGGUAAGACCACAUAUUGAAUAUGCUGUGCAAAUUUGGGCACCUGUUCUAAAGAAGGAUAUUAUGGCACUAGAAAGAG